AUGGCGAGAGCUCCGGGCGGUUCAAGCACGGUCGGCACCUCACUUCCGUCGAGCACACCAGACACUCCGAGCGCUUCAAGCGCAGCACACACCUCGGCCUCCUCGACCUCUUCAACUUCCUCAACCUCCCCAACUCCCUCAAGACCUUCAAGCUUCUCAAGCUCCUCGAGCUUCCCGAGACUUUCAAGCCUUUCAACUUCCUCGAGCUCCUCGAAUUCCUCAGACUCUUCAAGCUCCUCAAACAUGGGGGACCGUACCGAGAUAUCUUCAGUCCCCGCAGCCAAGCCAACGAACCGGCUGGAAUGCCUAGACCAGUCAGGCUACAACAGUUGGGGGAGUCAGGGGAACCAGCCAGACUAUGGAACCCCCACCCCCCCAAUGAAUGGAUUGCAGGAGGACUGGGGGAGCCAGCCAGACGACGAAUACCUACCGCGUCAUGAUUAUGAUUACCCAUACCCUUAUAUGCUGCCGCCAGACAACCAGGUCCAGGGGGGCCAGGGCAGCCAGGACAGCCAGGGCAGCCAGGACCGCCAAAACCACCAGGACCACCAGGAGCACCGAGGAUUCAACGGCUAA